AAGGAUAGUCUUCAUUCCUCACCCCACACACACAGAAACCUUCUUAAUUCAAUCUCAGCACCACCGCAGCCACCACCAGCACAGCAACUACAGCCACCAUGCUUCUGAGAGCAUCUCCAUCGACGGCGGCAUUUUCACUAUCAACAGCUAUAGUUGAUAAUGUGAAUCAAUUCCCUUCAUCGUCUUCUUCUGUGAGUUUUUCAUCGCAGAGAAGAACUGAUGGAUUUGUUAUGAGCGUAUCGAAAAGCGAAUCGAAUAAUCGUAGUCCGGUGACUGGUGUUGUUUUUGAACCAUUUGAAGAAGUGAAGAAAGAACUUCAAUUAGUACCAGAUCUUCCUCAACAAUCUAUUGCUCGUCAUAAGUUUACAGAUGAUUGUGAAGCUGCCAUUAAUGAACAGAUCAAUGUGGAAUACAAUGUAUCGUAUGUGUAUCACGCUUUGUACGCGUACUUCGACCGGGAUAAUGUUGCUCUCAAAGGAUUUUCCAAGUUCUUUAAGGAAGCUAGUGUAGAGGAGAGGGAACAUGCUGAGCUACUUAUGGAAUAUCAGAAUAGAAGAGGGGGUAAAGUCAAGCUGCAAGCUUUGGUGAUGCCCAUGUCUGAAUAUGAUCACCUUGAGAAAGGAGAAGCAUUGUAUGCCAUGGAACUUGCAUUAUCUCUAGAAAAGUUAACAAACGAGAAGCUUCUCCAGUUACAUAGGGUAGCAGAUGCCAACAAUGAUGUGCAAUUAGCCGAUUUUGUUGAAAGCACAUUCUUGACCGAGCAGGUGGAAGCCAUUAAGAAGAUCUCUGAAUUUGUUGCCCAAUUGAGAAGGAUCGGCAAGGGGCAUGGGGUAUGGCAUUUUGACCAAAUGCUCUUGAAGGCAUGAUGAUGCAAGUCUUCAUCAAAUUUCUCAAUGAUUUCAUUUUAGUUGGGCCUGCUUGUGUCUAUGGUUAUAUCAUAUUAGAAUUUUGAAAUGUAGCGCAUUCGCGAUUCAUGGGCUCUGAGACUUGCGACUUUUAAAUAUUAAGAUGAAGAAAUAUUAAAUGUAGCUUAGCUGAUCCAGUAAGUAUACUACAUUUUUAUAUAUGCUUGAGUUUAUUGAUUCA